AUGCCGUCAGCGUUACUGGAACAUGCCUCCAUGUCGGAGAUAGCACCGAACAAACAACGAGAUGCUGCGCGACCGAAGCCGCCCCCGAGGGCGCCCCCCGUGUGCCCAACCGACGAUGACGAGACGAUAGAGACGAGGAAGCAAACGCGCACGUUCGACUACAUCUGGCGGUCCGGCGUCGCCGGAGGCUUGGCAGGCUGUGCUGCUAAAACGGUCGUCGCACCUCUCGAUCGUGUCAAGAUCCUCUUCCAGGCGAGCAAUCCGCAGUUCGCAAAGUACACGGGCUCGUGGUUCGGCGUUGUGACGGCAAUGAAGGACAUCCGCUCUCACGAAGGCCUUACGGGGCUGUUUAGAGGACACUCAGCGACGCUCAUUCGAAUCUUCCCAUACGCCGGCAUCAAGUUCCUUGCGUACGAACAAAUCCGCUCCAUGGUGAUCCGUCGGAAAGAACAUGAAACUCCGUGGCGCCGCCUUAUCAGCGGCUCCAUGGCGGGCGUCACUUCCGUCUUCUUUACAUAUCCCUUGGAGGUUAUUCGCGUCCGUUUGGCUUUUGAGACAAAACACGGGGGCUCUUCGCUAGCUGCGAUUUGCCGCCGGAUUUACAACGAGCGCUUUGUGCGGACUUCCCCGGCAGCACAGGCAGCCAGUACCUCGGCAACCGAGGCGGCGGCCGCUUCCCCAGUCGCCGCGAUCGCACCGCGUUCGGGAUUGAUCAAUUUCUACAGAGGAUUCACGCCCACUUUGCUGGGCAUGCUUCCUUACGCCGGCAUGUCCUUCCUUACGCACGACACUGCGGGCGAUAUCCUUCGCCACCCCAGUCUUGCCAAGUGGACGACCCUUCCCCAGCAGAAGAACUCGCCCACGGGAAAGCCUGCACCACUCCGGUCCUGGGCCGAGCUCCUGGCUGGCGGUGUCGCUGGUCUCGUAUCCCAGACUGCUUCGUACCCUCUGGAAGUCAUUCGCCGGCGAAUGCAGGUUGGAGGCGCCGUCGGGGACGGCCACCGACUUCGCAUUAGCGAGACGGCGGCCAUGAUUUUCCGGGAGAAGGGGACGCCGGGAUUUUUCGUUGGUUUGACGAUCGGCUAUGUCAAGGUAGUGCCCAUGGCGGCAGUGGCAUUUUACACGUACGAGAGGGCCAAGACGUGGCUCAGAAUCUAG